AUGCUCACGACCAAGAACUAUUCUUAUUUGGCAGUUCAGCUCGGAAAGAUUGGCAACCGCUGGGCCAGACGAGUGCAACAGCAAGCUUUGCAUCAGCUGAGUGAGAUCGCCAACGAAACCAAUGGGUUUGAUGCGGAAAGAAGCAAGUCCGACGGAGAUCCUUGGACUUCGGGGCCCUCGAGGCCUUCGUCGCCUUCGAGCCCUUUGCCACUGUCAAGGCCCAACAUGCAGGCAAUGCAGUCUUCAGAUGUCGUGCCCCGUCGGCCGGCAAGGUCUGCUGAAAGCUUGUUUCCUAACUGGGAGAUUGGUGUUCAGGCUUUGGCUUCUGUCGUGAGUUUGCAGCUUCGCUUUGCGCUACGGCGCUGGGAAACAUUUGUUCGACGGAAACGGUUCGACGAGCUGCAAAGCAAGGUGGUGUUGACGUUGCAGACGGUCUCUGCGCCGUCAGUCGCGAGUCCAAAGACGUCGGACACGGCCGGGCCAAGUGCGGUCACCAAUCACAGGCAUGAGCCCGAAACUGGUCGCACAACAGGUCCUGACGUGGAGGCUUUGGCCAAAAGUGAAUCCACAUCCCCCCUGGGUCGCCCAACGUUCGACAUCAACGUCGCAGAGUCAUCGAAGCAUGCGAUUGAGAACCCAGGACCGGAAGCCAAGACUUCCGAUCAAGACUUCGUAAGGUCACUGUCUGAUGACCAGUCCCGCGUCGACGAAAUCAUUAAGCUUGCAGCGUUGCUGUGGGAGUCAGGAACUUUGGUACACGUGCAGCCCAUGGCACUUCUGAGAGCAUCAUUGCUGGCUCGUGUCGCCGAACGUUGCCAAAAGCACGUGAUGCGUGAAGCCAUGCAAUGCUUUUGGAAGCGCUGUUCCUUACAACGAUCUGUGGAAGAAUGGCUUGCCAACGGUAACUUCGUCAAGCGGCAGGAUGAGGCAGUCACCCAGAUGCCAACAAGUUUCCACACCGCUCCCCACGAAUCAGCCGAAGUCCCCCUUGCCUUCGGCGACAAGGAUGUGAGUGAGCCAUCUGAAUCAUUCGAGCCGGCAAGCAGUGAUCACAAGCCGGGACCUGUACUGGAUGGGCAUCAGGUAGACAUGGACACGCGCAAGUUGGACUUGCACACAGUUGUCACUCAGCCUUCUGAUCCUUCUGCCAAGCCUAAGCCCGCAGACUUCUCCCAUGAGAUUUUACAUCCACGUGACAAGGUGGAAAGUCCCCCUGUCCAUGAAAAUGAACAGCUUGCCCGCGACCAGUCGGAGGCAGAUCUUUUGCCAGAAGUUCAAUCCGGCACUUCUGGUGAGGAGUCAGAAAUAAAUGACGACGACUUAGCUGAUCUGUUAGGUUGA